CAUUAUGUCCUCCAGAGCCUUCAGAAGACUAAGAGGUGAUUCCUUUACUAUUAAACUACCAGCAGGUACUGGAGGAGAGGAAGAGGAUGAAGAUGAAGAAGGAGACAUUUCAUUACAGCCAGUAUCUUUGCAGUCACAGAAAAAGAAUAAAUUUAAUCCUUUUGAUAUGUUGAAUGAUUCUAAUGAGAGUCCACAGGAAGAGGAGGAGGAGGAGGAGGAGGAAAAAGAAGAACAAACAUCACAAGUUGCUGUUACUAGUCAAAGUAGUUCUAGAAAGAAAAAGAAAAAGAAGAAAAGAGCAACAAAUAAACAAAACCAGUCCACUCCAACUGUCUCCAAUGAAGAUGAGGUUGAGGCAGCAUUGAGGGAAGUUACUGAUAUGCUAGGGGGUCUGGAAACUGUUAGCUCAUCUCAAGUAGAAUCUAAUAGUUCCAAGACUCCUUGCAACCAGAGACCAUUGCUUUGUGUGGACAGAAGAAAUUUAAAUGCUGAGAAUGAAAUGAGAAGAAUAUUUGGAUCAAGAGUUGUGAGAGGAGAACAGACCAGUCAGAGAAGGCAUCAUAGAAGAAAGCAUCAGAGACAGACAGUUUUGGCCACUCCCAAGGACACUUGGCCUCAAAUCGAGAGAUUGGGACUAUCAAUGUCCUUGGAAGAAGUCAAAGACAGCUGUCAUUAUUUUAAUUUUGAGCACAGUCAAGAGUAUCAGAGAGUCCAGUUCAGUUUCUGGGAUGCUGUUGAUAGCUACGAUCCAAACUCUAUUGCCGCCGUGCUGCAUGCUCAUCCGUACCACAUAGACUCUCUACUCCAAUUAAGUGAAGUAUGCAAGAUGGGAGAGGACAUGCAAAUGGCAUCUGAACUAAUAGAGAGGGCAUUGUACUCAUUUGAAAGCAUAUUCCAUCCUCUUUUUAAUUAUACUCAAGAUAACUGUAGAUUGAAUUACUCCAGAGCAGAAAACAGAUCGUUCUUUCUCGUAUUAUUUCAUCACAUUAAUUAUGUUGGUACUAGAGGUUGUCAUAGAACUGCCUUUGAGUUCUGUAAAAUGUUAAUGAGUUUGGAUCCAGAGACCGAUCCAUUGUGUGUUCUAUUAAUGAUAGACUAUUAUGCUGUCAGAGCCUGUGACUAUCAGUUCCUAAUUGACAUGGACAAGAGAUGGGGAGCUAAAAGGAACUUGUCCCAGCUUCCUAACUGUGCGUUCUCCAUUCCACUGGCAUUCUUCCAUCAGAGUCUCUCAUUAUCUGAGGAUGAGGCAAGAGCUACUUCUCUAGAAGAAGCUGAUCAGAAGCUUCAAGCAGCACUGAUCAUGUUUCCUUCAUUAUUGGUGCCACUCUUGGAUAAGUGUGGAGUACAUAUUGAUCCUUCUGCUCGAAAUCAUGCCUACUUCACAUCAGCAAGAAAGGAUCCUGAUCCAUUGAAGCUAUUAAUAAUGCUUUAUAUUGAGAGGGGGCACUCACUGUGGAAGGAACCUGAGGUUCUGUCAUGGCUGGAGAAGAAUGUCAAAGUUGUUAUAGAAAGAGUGAGCAAUGGGGACCCUCUUAUCAAGCAGUGCUCUGAAAAGAGACUCAGGUGCUAUGUUGGUACUCCAAAAAACAUUUAUCGUCACGUUGUCCUCUCAGACCUUGAAUCAGUGAGCACUUCACUGCCACAAGAAAUUACAAGAACCUCAAUAAUGAUGUAUGACCCCCUACCACCCAAGGACAGCACUCGGGGCUACAAGUGUCCUUCAAAAAAGAGACGUAAUCCGUUAGAAAAUGAUGAGAGUCAUCCAUUGGCAUUAUUUUUAAGAUCUUUAUUACCAAGUUUUAACAUGGAGGCUCCAGUUCCAAGACAGAGAGUUGCUGGUAUACCUGAACAAGAGGCUGAAGAAGUACCAGCAGGAGGAGCUAUUGGAGGUGGUGCAGGUAGAGAAAGACUUGAAGAAGCCAUUGGACAAUUGACUGACUCAGUUAGGACACUCCUGGAGACUAUCAGACUUGCUAUUAACAGAGAGGGAGGAGGAGAGAGUGGUGAAGAGAAUAGUGACAAUGAUAUUGAUUGAUUAAUUUAUAAUAUUUAUAUUAAUUAUU